CGUAUGGAUGUAGCACAAGUCUGUAUCAUCCCAAUUCAACAUGAGCGUGACAUAUGACGUUUUCCGUGGCUCUUCUGAGGGCAAGAUUGUUGCCGACAAGGUGACCCGCACGCUGGAGCAAAACGAGGUCUACAUCGAGACCACGGUAUCAGGUCUGUGUGGAACAGACGAGCAUUAUUUGAAAUCAGGCCAGGUUCUAGGACACGAAGGUGUUGGUAUUGUCAAGGCCCUUGGUCCUGGCGUUGCCUCGGUCAAAGUCGGGGACCGAGUGGGAUUUGGAUACACUCAUAGCAUCUGUGCAGCUUGCAAUAACUGUGCUACUGGUAAGAUUCUUACCUUCGAGGAUAUACUGGUUUGGGUUUCUAACACUGUCUCAGGUUGGGACCAGUAUUGCCAGGAGCGAAAGCAGUAUGGGUUCACUGACUUCGAUAAUGGAACAUUCAGCUCGGGCGCUGUGUGGGAUGCCAACUGUGUCUUCCCUCUCCCAGCAGAGUUAGACUCGGUCGCUGCUGCACCCUUGAUGUGCGCUGGCGCCACAGUAUGGACUGUCUUGACCCGGUUUGGCAUCGAAGCUGGAGACCGGGUCGGGAUCAUGGGUGUCGGAGGACUUGGGCAUAUCGCCAUCAAGCUUGCCGCUGCACUGGGCUAUCACGUAGUUGUUCUCUCAAGCUCCGAGUCCAAGAGACAAGAAGCCACGGAGUACGGUGCUUCUGAGUAUCAUGUGUUUCGCUCAGGAGAGAAGCCGAAGGACCUGAAGCCUCUCAAGCAUUUGCUGCUUUGCGGAAGUGGUGGUUUGGAUUACCAAUCGUAUGUGGCCUGCCAAUUGACAAAUGACCAUAGCUAACCUGUAUCAGUCUAAUUCCACUCAUGGAUUCGCCCAGCUCCAUUUAUCCGCUGACUGCGACGUUCGAGCCGUCUGCGAUUCCCACGCUGCAGUUGUGCUUCCAAGGUAUUCGGGUUCAGGGCUCUUUGGUUGCCUCUCGCCACAGUACUCGAGCUCUGUUGGAAUUUGCAGCGAAGAAGAAGAUAUUCCCUACAACCCAGACCUUUUCGUUGACUGGGGAGGGUAUCGAGGAGGCAAUGCAAGUGCUUAGAGAAGGCAAGAUGCGAUACCGCGGGGUGCUGAUUCGGGGAGAAUAGAGAGCUUCUAGCGUUUAAAUGAAUGUCUCCAUCUCCA